AUGCUGUCAGACGCUGUUCUGUAUAGGCUGCUAUGGCCACCCUCGGCAUCGCCACACGCACAGAGCUGCUCGCAGAUUGAGCUACCUCCACUGCUGCGCAACCGUAGACUGGGCGAGCGGCUCGAUCGACCUCUAUACAACUUGCUCGCACUUAUCUUACGGGAGCAUGUUUUGCCGUGGUACGGCAAGCUCAGUAGAGACAAGGAAUUCGUAUGGGAGCUCAGAAGAGUACUCGUCGACGUUCUGCGGGAAGUUGAGCGAGCUUGCAGCUCAAUUGACCUGCCCGAGCUCGUAUACUGCAGGCUCCCAACUCUAGUCGAUGUUCACGUACGAGACUAUCACGAAGCCUGUUCGAGAAGAUGCACAGCCUAUGCACAUCAAGCGGAGUCAGUAGACCAAGUAUUCAAUACGUUGCAGCCUCAUUUGGGGAUCACAUCAUCGCUCUCGACCGAUUCGAAGUUGCCCGACUUCGUCGAGGCUGCCUAUCUCAACAAUGUCGUAGAUGGCAUGCUACUUGCCUUGCUGCCAGACGAAGAGAGUACCUCGCCAGCUGUCAAAGCCAUCGCGCGGGACAUCAUAGUCCAGAUUAUUCUAGCCAACGUUCUCGCCCGCGCCGCUCAGCCUUGGUUCCUCUACCAGACUGUAAUCAAGCUUGCGCAGCCUCGGCCAAAGCUUCGAAAUACACAGCAUACGCUCUGGCAGGCCUUUCAGCAUGCUUGUACUAUGGUCGUUGUUGCGGUGAGCUUUCUGCGCGUCCAAAUCUUGGGCGGUCGAGUGAGAAUGUCGACGCGGCGUUACGCCCUCCAUCGACCAAGUUUGACCCUCUUGACCACAAUGCUUUGUACGCAAUACGCUUCACCAGUCACCGCUGUGUCUGCUAUUGAUGCAAUCUUUACCCUGGGUGGUUCGGCGACAGAUCAGGUGCUAAUUUACCUGCUUGCGGAAUGCGUCUUUUCGCCAGAUCAGCUCGUUCGUUGGGUUGAGAUCGCAACAGAAGCCAUCUUUCCUGAUGGACAUCCGCCCCCGCCCGCAAUCGAUCCGACUGCAGAGCAGCAGGUCACUCUGCGGACAGAAGCAGCCCUGCUUCUUGGUGAAGCAAUUCCUCCCCUUGUCACGGCGCGCAUACUCCACGACAUGUUGCCAGCAAAGCGAUCUGCUGCGUUGGGUCACGGGCUGCUCGACCCAUUCAGCUCACACGCAUGCAACGUACACCUCAUCAUGCUGCUUCUGGACUCAUUUGCGGGCACACUCUGCCCGACUUUGACGUUGCCAGGGUGA